AGCUUAGAAGGUGGUGGCUGCUUUUCAGCAUACAAAACAUUAUUAACACUUCCCAUGGAAGAGUUAAUAGUUGAGCUGCGUCUGUUUCUUGAACUUCUGGACCAUGAAUAUCUAACUUCUACUGUCAGGGAGAAGAAGGCCGUAAUAACUAACAUCCUCCUGAGAAUACAGGCAGCAAAAGGUUUUGAAAUUAAAGAACAUGUCCAAAAGCAGGAAGUUGCCAACAGUUUGCCUGCACCACCUCAAAUGCCUCUACCGGAGAUACCUCAGCAGUGGCUGCCACCAGAUAAUGGGCCUCCACCAUUACCAACAUCAUCCCUUCCAGAAGGCUAUUAUGAAGAGGCAGUGCCACUUAGUCCUGGAAAGGCUCCCGAGUACAUCACUUCCAAUUAUGACUCGGAUGCCAUGAGCAGCUCUUACGAAUCCUAUGAUGAAGAGGAGGAGGAUGGAAAAGGGAAAAAAAUGAGACAUCAGUGGCCUUCUGAGGAGGCUUCUAUGGAUCUCGUGAAGGAUGCCAAAAUCUGUGCCUUCCUCCUUAGAAAGAAACGAUUUGGGCAAUGGACAAAACUUCUGUGUGUUAUCAAAGAAAACAAACUACUGUGUUACAAAAGUUCCAAGGACCAGCAACCUCAGAUGGAGCUGCUGCUGAAUGACUGCAGUAUCACAUACAUCCCCAAAGACAGCAAAAAGAAGAAGCAUGAGCUGAAGAUCGCUCACCAGGGAGCGGACGCGCUGGUUCUAGCAGUACAGAGCAAAGAGCAGGCGGAGCAGUGGCUAAAGGUUAUAAAAGAUGUGUGCAGCAACUGUGCCGGAGCUGUGGACUCAGAUGGACCGUUGUCUAGUUCUCCAGUGCACAAGACAGAGCUGGAAAAGAAGUUGUCAUCUGAGAGGCCGAGCUCGGAUGGGGAAGGUGCUGUGGAAAAUGGCAUUGCUGCGGUGUGCAAUGGCAAAGAACAAGUGAAAAGGAAAAAAAGUUCAAAGUCAGAGGCCAAGGGCACAGUGACCAAAGUAACAGGGAAAAAAAUAACAAAGAUCAUCGGUUUGGGAAAGAAAAAGCCAUCAACAGAUGAACAGACCUCAUCAGCUGAAGAAGAUGUUCCUACAUGUGGGUAUCUCAACGUGCUCUCAAAUAACCGCUGGCGUGAGCGCUGGUGCAGAGUGAAAGACAAUAAACUCAUUUUCCACAAGGACAGGACAGAUCUGAAGACCCACAUAGUUUCCAUCCCUCUCCGUGGCUGCGAGAUCAUUCCAGGGCUGGACUCCAAGCAUCCCAUGACCUUCCGGCUGCUUCGAAACGGGCAGGAGGUCGCCGUGCUUGAGGCUUCAUCGUCUGAAGACAUGGGCAGAUGGAUUGGGAUUUURCUGGCUGAAACUGGGUCUUCCACAGACCCUGGCGCCCUGCACUACGACUACAUUGACGUGGAGAUGACGGCGAGUGUCAUCCAGGCUGCAAAACAGACCUUCUGUUUUAUGAACAGGCGAGUCAUAUCUACAAAUCCAUAUCGGGGAAGCACUGCCAAUGGCUACGCAUGUCCAAGUGGAAUGGCACUUCAUUACGAUGAUGUUCCCUGCAUAAAUGGAUCGUGGGAACCAGAAGAUGGCUUUCCUACUUCUCGUAGCAGGAACAUGGGAGAAGAAAUGCUUUAUGAUAACGCAGGCCUGUACGAUAACUUGCCGUCUCCAAAAAUCUUUGCGCGCUAUCCAUCAGCUGAGAGAAAAGCCACUAGGUUAUCUGCUGACAAACUCUCCUCUAACCAUUACAAACACCCUGUCUCCUCCAAUCUGUCUUCUGCUCAGUCUGUCACUAAUACCUCUACUGUGGGGAGGGGAUCUGUAUCACAGGUUAAAGGCAAGAAACCUCCUGCAGCUGCUAAUGGGACCACAGGAAAAGCGAGAACUUUGAAYAGCCAGCCGAAGAAAUCCGAGUCGGUGUCGUGCGUGAAGCGCACAGCAUCCAAUGCCGAGCAGUACAAGUACGGCAAGAACCGUGUGGAGGCCGAUGCGAAGCGGCUGCAGAGCAAGGARGAAGAGCUGCUCAAGAGGAAAGAAGUGCUCCGGAAUCGGCUGGCCCAGCUCCGAAAGGAAAGGAAGGAUCUCCGAGCUGCCAUUGAAGUCAAUGCUGGCAGGAAGACUCAAGUGAUUCUCGAAGAUAAGCUGAAGAAGCUGGAGGAGGAGUGUAAGCAGAAGGAGGCCGAGCGUGUAAACCUGGAGCUGGAGCUGACGGAGGUGAAGGAGAGCCUGAAGAAAGCCCUGGCGGGUGGCAUCACGCUGGGCCUGGCCAUCGAGCCCAAAUCAGGAACGUCCAGCCCUCAGUCCCCAAUUUUCAAGCACCGGACUUUGGAAAACUCACCCAUCUCCAGCUGUGAUACUAGUGAUACUGAGUGCUCGAUACCUGUGAACAGUGCAGCAGCUCUGAAGCGACCUCCCUCAUCAAAUAAUUCUCCUUGUCGAGGUCACGUACUCCGAAAAGCAAAGGAAUGGGAGAUGAAAAACGGAACAUAAGUGUAGCAAAACCACUCACUUUUUCCAUAAAGGCCUUACCUGUUAUGGACCAAGAUGCAGGCUGCAAUAGACUCAUCUGCAAAGUGGUAUUGAGUGAUACGACGUAAGAGGUUUUAUAAUUCUGUUAAGUUAAUGGUAGCUUGGCCCUCAUUUGCCUGUAUUCCCUCUACUGUAUUGCUGUGUAACUACGUGUGCCCCUUUUUAUUACCUGUAACUCCUUGUUUCCAACCUCAUUUGUACAGAAAAUGAAAACCAAACGCCAAAACAGUGAUAGUAAGUAAAAAGGAGCAUAUAGUUGCUACUGAAAGUUUACUUUGCAGGAAACAGUUUAGGCCAGCAAUGUUAAUGGUGCUGCAUCAGACGGCCUGAACAGCACUGCAGACUGGUGCGUUAUUGAAGACCAAUGUGAAACCCUUCAGAUCAGAGGUACCCCUGAGGUAAUGCUGACUUUUGGGAUGCUGCCAGAGCAUUGCCCAAGAGAAGAUUUUGCUCGUUUGCAGUCCCAUUGCUGUUAGCUGUUCACAGGGCAAAAGGAAAACGAAGAAAUGUCUUCACAGAAAUGGCAUGAGUGCUCGAGCUGGGAAGCCUGGACUCUUUGGUGCCACUGUCCUCUGUGGUGAUUAGACACCACAGAGUGACACAACUCAGCGGUGAAGCAUUUUUUGAUACUUUUCAGACAGAUGCUUUUGUCAUUGUGGCAUAAAAAAGCUGCCAUACUUUUAAAAAUACAUUUUAAUACAUCCUUUUUUAUUACUAUUUUGAAGCACCGGUCAUUUUCAAAGGUCAUGUUGUUUAGGAAGGAUUUGUUCCUGUUUCGUUAAAAGCAAGAUAUUACUUCAUUUCUGUACUUUUCAAAAAAAAAAAAAAAAGAUUCCUCAACAGAUAAUGGCAACUGAGAAUAGCUUAUGCAGUCAUUUCGAUUUUUAUAAUGCAGUAUUGUUGAACUUGAGUUACAGAACACUGCUGUACUUGGUUUCCUUCGCCUUUUCUGACCUCGGCUAUUAUUUUGUGAGAAAGACAAACUGAAAGGACGAUAAUUUCCAGGCUCUUUUUAUAAACGAUUUUACGAACAAUUGGGGAUUUUUUCAGACAGAGCUCUACUUCUGUUUACUAGGAAACUGUGCCUUGCCUUUUAGCCUGCAAAAUUACAGAAAUCUGUUUGUCUUCUUUGUCUCUAUCCAUGUCAUUCCUGAGGCUAUAUGCAGUAAAUUGCCAAAGUCCUUCAAAAUCUCAAGAUUAACUUAAAAAUCAGGAGAGGGAAGAAAUAAUGAGUUGGACUGGUUUAAUGUAUCCUCUGUGAGAUUUUUUAAACCUUCAGAGAGUCUUCAAUCACAUUCUUAAGAUUUUUCUCCUCAACUGUAAGGACUCAAAAAUGACUUUAAUUAAAAAACGUAAAAUACUACUUAUAGUUUGAGAUAAUCACAAGACAUGAGGGCCAGAAUCUUGAUUAGUCAAGACUCACACUUAAAAUCAUAGAAAUUGGCAACAGAGCAGUUACGAAUGAUCAAAUCCAGUUAUUGCCCAGGCC